AUGUCUGACGGGUACGAGCCCUUGACAUCUAGCCAGAGACCGAUUCCAGAAAUGUCAUCCGCGGAACGCGAAACUGAAGAAGGUGGAGCUGGUUCCGAUCCACAUUCACGACUCUCACAUACUUGGAUCAGAAAUUUAAUUUUCUCCUUUUGCAGCGCAAAAGGCACGCAUCUGUAUCAAGUGUUGGGUGUCGACAAAAAGGCUACUCCAGAAGAUAUCAAACGAGCAUACCGGAAGUUGGCACUCAAAUAUCAUCCGGACAAGAAUCUGGAUGGAGACCCGGAAAAAACAGAAAUUUUCAAGGAAAUUAACUAUGCGCAUGCAGUGUUAUCAAAUCCGAAAAACGACAGGAUGGUUAUAUCAAAUUUCAGUGGGUAUUCUUCGGAUUUGGCUUGCUCACAUGUGGAUUCUUCUGCUGUUGUUGCGGUUGUUUAUGCUGUUGCAAAUGUUGCUGCAAUUUCUGCUGUGGAAAAUAUGUUCCAAAAGUUCCAGAGGACUUCGAUCCAACAGAUAUGGAUGACUCUGAUGAAGGUGAAAGGGGACCUACAACAACAUCACCUAAGAGUGGGAUUGAAUGUGAUCACUUCACAACCAACAGGUGACUCUAGACAGCCAAAAACCUCAUCGCCAAAAGGACCAAAUGGCGAGGAACCUAUUCGACCAGCUGUGAUUGCCAUGCCGCCACCUCCUGGUUAUGGUUCAACGGAAACAACGAGUACUUGA